CGGCGCGCAGUCCAGACUCUCUCCAUAGGAAUCGGUAGUCGACGGUUCUCUGCUGUGAUAGACAUGGCGGCGGACCUUAACCCGGACUGGAUCUCAUGCCUCCCCUCAUCUUGGAGUUAUGGGGUCACCCAGGACGGCCGGAUAUUCUUCCUCAACGAAGAAGCCAAGAGUACAACCUGGCUACAUCCAGUCACCAGAGACGCCGUCAUAACGGGCCACAGAAACACUCCAGAUUUGCCGACUGGAUGGGAAGAGGGGUACACAUUCGAGGGCGCGCGCUGCUUCAUAAAUCAUAAUGAGCGGAAGGUGACCUGUAAGCACCCAGUCUCAGGUAUUCCAUCCCAAGACAACUGCAUCUUUGUCAUCAACGACCAAGUGAACUGUGCCCACACAGGUACAGCCUCAAAGCCUGAAACAGCCAGUAAGCCUGGAACAGACAGACCAGCUCCCAGGUCUGAACAAGGUGACAAGGCGGAGCGUCCUCUGAGCACCAUGAGUGAGGCGUCCAACUACACCGACUACAGCACCCAUCCCAGUAGCCCCUCACACACCACCACACGGCUCUCCAGGUCAUCGAGGAAGGUGCAUAACUUUGGGAAGAGGUCCAACUCCAUCAAGAGAAACCCCAACGCUCCAGCCAUGAGGAGCAGCUGGCUCUACAAGCAGGACAGCACUGGGAUGAAGCUCUGGAAGAAGAGGUGGUUUGUUCUUUCUGACAUGUGUCUCUUCUACUACCGAGAUGAGAAGGAGGAAGUGGUCCUGGGGAGCAUCCUGUUGCCCAGCUUCCACAUCUCCAUGCUGUCUGUGGACGACCACAUCAGCAGGAAGUACGCCUUCAAGGCGACUCACCCCAACAUGAGGACGUAUUAUUUCUGCACGGACACGGUGAAAGAUAUGGAGGCCUGGAUGAAGGUGAUGACAGAUGCUGCUCUGGUGCACACUGAGCCAAUCAGGAGGCAGGACAAGCUGAAGCUGGACCAGGAGAACCACCAUGUUCUGACCCGGCCGGAAAUCCAGAACAACGAGAGGAACCGUCAGGCUGCCCCCCCCAGCGCCCGCUCCUCAUCGCAGGAGACCAGGAGGGAGGAGAAGUCGUCCGGCCAGAGAGACAAGCAGCGCUUCACCCUGCAGAGCCAGGGAGACACACUCUGCCUCCAGAAGGACGGGGUGAGUUACACGCUGCAGAGAGACGGAGAGAGGCUCCUGCUGCACCGGGAGGAGGAGAGGAAGACUGCGGGGCAGGAAGCAGGGGAAGACCGCGCAGCCCAGAUGGAGGAGAAAUAUGCUCCUUCCAAAGACGGAGAGAAGUACCUGUUGACAAGAGAUGGAGAGAAGUACGCGCUGGAGAGGGUGGGAGACCAUCACACACUCCAGAGAAACCAGCAGGGAGACCAGCAGAGAGACUGUCACACCCUCCAGAGAGACCAGCAGAGAGACCAGCAGGGAGACUGUCACACCCUCCAGAGAAACCAGCAGGGAGACCAGCAGAGAGACCAGCAGAAAGACUGUUAUGCCCUCCAGAGAGACCAGAAGGGAGACCAGCAGAGAGACCAGCAGAGAGACUGUCACGCCCUCCAGAGAGACCAGAAGGGAGACCAGCAGAGAGACUGUCACACCCUCCAGAGAAACCAGCAGAGAGACCAGCAGAGAGACUGUCACACCCUCCAGAGAGACCAGCAGAGAGACCAACAAAAACACGCUCUACAGAAGGAGCUCAGGAGACAGCUCUCUCUCAGAGAAGGAGAGGACAAGUACAGGACCUACCGAGGAGACAAGUAUGCCACUGUUAAGGAAGUAGACUACAGCAGCCACAAGUAUGCUACUGUUAAGGAAGGAGACUACAGCAGCCACAGGGUAGUGGACAAGUAUGGCACCCUGCGCGUCCAAGGAGAUAAGUACGGUUUCCAGAGAGACGGUUUCCAGAGAGACGGUAGCUGUGAGCGACCUCUCACCAACAUCAGCAGCAUCAAGCUGCUCCCCGCCCAGGCCGCCGCCAUCGCCGCUUCCGUCUCUGCCUGCCGCCAGGCCCAGCUCAACGGCCCCGGGGAGCGGCCGGGGGACUGCAUCCCAGGGGAGGUGGGGGGCACCCUUGGGAGAGGCCCAGGAAAGGCCCAGGCUCCGGAGCCAGAGACAGGCCUGUCCAGAACCAGCUCCAUGCAGCAGCUGGAACACUGGGUCAGAACUCAGAAGACCAGGGGACCAGAUGAGGACGUGAGGAGCAUGGUGUCCUACCAGACGCUUCCCAGGAACAUGCCGAGCCAUCGCGCCCCGCCACCCCACUACCCGGAGGGCUACCGUACGCUCCCCCGGAAGGUGCUUCCACGGCCGGACAGUGUGUGCAGCGUGGCGGGUUCCCUGUACGAUCACGCCCUGCGCCCUGCCCCCCAGGCCACGCCCCUCACGGCAGCGGAGAAGCGGCGCUCCAUGCGGGACGACACCAUGUGGCAGCUGUACGAGUGGCAGCAGAGACAAGCCUGCUCCCGCAACAGCCUGGCACUGACCCCCGCCCCGCCCACACGCUGCUCCACCCUGCCCAGCCCCAGGACCAGGGCCCACCCCGCACCGCCCCGCCCCCACGCCGUCCCCCCCUCCCCUUCUCACGGCUCUCUCUACAGCUCCUUCUCCCCCCCGCGCCAGGCCCUGCCCCCCGCCCCCCGCUGUGAGAUCACCUCCCCUGACUACAGAGGAGACCUGAGCAUCGACCGCCGGCACAGACCUCACCACGCCAAGCACCCUGCGGAGCGCAGGUCCCUCCCCCCUGCCCUGCCUGCCCCGCCCAUCUCAGCCCAAUCCCUGCAGGGCAAGACGUCUGAAGAGCUGACCCUGCUCCUGAUCCAGCUGCGUAGGCAGCAGUCAGAGCUGAGCAGCGCCAGGCAGCUGUCCCUGACUCAGCUGCUCUGCCUCAGCAGGGACACGCCCAACGCCAAGAGUGAUGUUCUGUCUCAUCACAUCCAAAGAAACCUCAUGUACCUGGACAGCCAGAUGAAGGAGAACGAGCCUCUUAUCUUCAUGAUUCACACAAUGAUAGAGAAUUCAGCACCCAGGCCACAACUGUACCAGCAAACUCCACAGGACCAGAGAGACAACACAGGCCAGGCCAGGCCAGAGGAACUGGACAUACAGGCCAGGCCAGAGGAACUGGACAUACAGGCCAGGCCAGAGGAACUGGACAUAGAUACCAAGCUCAGCAGACUGUGUGAGCAGGACAAAGCAGUGAGAACACAAGAGGACAAACUACAGCAACUCCACAGAGAGAAGCACACCCUGGAGACGGCCCUGCUUUCGGCCAGCCUGGAGCUGGAGCAGCACUCCCCAGGGCAGAGCGGCCCGGGGCAGAGCGGCCCGGGGCAGAGCGACCCGGGGCAGAGGGCCCUGGUCCAGCAGAGGGAUGUGCUACAGAGCGGCCUUCUUGGAACCUGUAGAGAGCUGUCGAGAGUCACCGCUGAAUUGGAGCGCUCCAGGAGGGAGCAUGACAGGCUGCAGGCUGCUGUCUGUCUGGCCAAGACCAGCCUGCUCAGCCAGCUGGAGACCCUGGGCAGCCCACAGACAGAGCCUCCCAGCCAGCAGCAUGUUCAGAUCCAGAGGGAGCUGUGGAGGAUCCAGGACGUGAUGGAGGCUCUGGCUAAGAACAAGAAGAGCAGUGACACUGGAGUCCUGGUCUCCAGCCUCAACAACAACAAGGGUACAGAUUACCGCCUGUGUAAGAGUGAGCCAGAACUGACCACGGUGAAGGAGGAGGCAGGAGAGAACACGGGAGAGGACAGGAGAAACUCUAACCCCCCCACCGAGAGACAGGCCCCAGCCUCUAACGACCUCAGCCUCACAGCCUCUAAAGGACCCCCCCUCCACCCCGUGGGUGUGGUGCCCCCCAGGACGAGGUCCCCCCCGUCCCCCCCACAGGACCUUGUCUCCUCCUACGUCACUCUGAGGAAGAAGCCUGAAACUCAUCACGCCAACGGGCACCCUAACCCGCGCAGCGUGGUGGAGCAGGCGAGCGCAGGAGAGAGGGAGAGAGAGAGUGGUAGGGCACGAAUGAGCGUUGAGGAGCAACUGGAGCGCAUCAGGAGACACCAGCAGGCCACAAUGAGAGACAAGAGGAGAGACCCCUCCCCCCCUCCCCCCUCUACCUCGACACAGGAUCUGGACGCUGCUCUGAGGGAGCUGGAAAAGAUCAGAGACCAGACCAGCCUGGACCUCUCCACCCUGGACCAGGGUCCUGGGGCUGGGGCUGGGGCCGGGGCCGGGGCUGGGGAGAUGAAGGUAGAGGAGGAAGAGCAGACUGAAGAGGGGAAGCUGCCAUGUGGGGAGGAGGUCCAGUCUGAAGCCACCGAGAGCUUUAUGUCCCACUCAGAGCAGACAGCGCCGCCCCAGGAUGUGGAAAUCCUCAGGCCUCAAACAGAUCUCCAAAACUCUGCACACACCUCGACCAGACAACCUUCUGCAAAUGAGGUCCUAGAGGAGAAACAGGAGGAGGUGGAGGAGGAAGAGGAGGAGAAACAGGAGGAGGUGGAGGAGGAAGAGGAGGAGAAACAGGAGGAGGUGGAGGAGGAAGAGGAGGAGAAACAGGAAGAGGUGGAGGAGGAGAACAUUACAGUCUCUUAUGACGACAGCAAACACAACAAUAACAUCCUGGUGUCUGUGAAAGGCCAGCCCCCCUCCUCCAGUCCCACACAGCUCCCAGAUGGGUCACACUUCAUGUGUGUUUAGACGAGUGUUGACCUUGCUGACCAAUGAGAUGGGACUUUGGCAACAACAUCCAAGAUGGCUCUUACAGAACCAAGAUGGCGUCUGCUCUCUGGGCUCCGUGUUUACACUCCUACAGAGUGACAACACAUGCCUAUAUAUCGUAUACCAUAUUAUACCAGACCAUAGACCAAACCAGACUGAGAGACAGACAGACAGACCAGACAGACAUGCAGACAGACAACAUAUUUUUACUGUGAUGCCAAUAUCUUACCCACACAGAUAUAGAAAGAUAUAGAAAAUUAAUUAUUAUUAUUGUUAUUAUUAUUACUACUACUGCACCUGUUAUUACAGGGUUAUUGUUUCCAGUUGGUGUGUAUAUGUUAGGUGUUUGAAGCACUGAGGAGGACUGUACAGGGUUAGGGUUAUAAGCAUUUAGAGGCUCCUCUCCACACAUGCAGCGCUCCAGCCUCUCCCAUGCAGCGCUCCAGCCUCUCCCAUGCAGCGCUCCAGCCUCUCCCAUGCAGCGCUCCAGCCUCUCCCAUGCAGCACUCUAGCCUCUCCCAUGCAGCACUCCAGCCUCUCCACACAUGCAGCGCUCCAGCCUCUCCCAUGCAGCGCUCAAGCCUCUCCCAUGCAGCGCUCCAGCCUCUCCCAUGCAGCGCUCCAGCCUCUCCCAUGCAGCGCUCCAGCCUCUCCCAUGCAGCGCUCCAGCCUCUCCCAUGCAGCGCUCCAGCCUCUCCCAUGCAGCGCUCCAGCCUCUCCCAUGCAGCACUCCAGCCUCUCCCAUGCAGCACUCCAGCCUCUCCACACAUGCAGCACCCCAGCCUCUCCCAUGCAGCGCUCCAGCCUCUCCCAUGCAGCACUCCAGCCUCUCCCAUGCAGCGCCCCAGCCUCUCCCAUGCAGCGCUCCAGCCUCUCCCAUGCAGCGCUCCAGCCUCUCCCAUGCAGCACUCCAGCCUCUCCACACAUGCAGCGCACUCCGUGUGGUGACACUAGUGACUAUCGGUGCUUCCUGCAGCUGAGGGCAGAACUUGAACCCUUUUCUAUAUUUUCACAUAUUUGCACCUCGCUGUUCCUUCACAGUUUGUAAGCUAUCAUCGAACAUAUUUUUUAAUAUUCCUGAUAUUAUAAAGAAGUAUUCCGUGGGCUGGUGCUUCCAGUAGGUGCCACUCGUUGCUUAAGGAGAGAGUUUUAUAUUUGAGUAAGACUGGGUUUAUUUAUCUGAUGGUCAGUGACAGGGAGUAUGCCAGUGGAGUGCUCAACUGCUAGUUAACGUAUAGACGGACGUGUAUGAAACGUAGGGUUGUGUUUUGUUCUGUCUAGUUUGAAGUUGUUGAUCAGACUGCAGACUAUAGAAUAUAAAAAGCAAUAAGAUGGAUUUUUGUUACACCAGGACUUAGAAACAUGUACAAAUUGUAAAAAAAAGUUUGUUGUGUAAAUGAUGUACACCAUAGCCUGACAAGAGCUGAUAUUAUAACAUUAUAAAAGUUAUUAUUAGAGUCAAUAUGCAAAUGUUCCUAUCAUCUGUUUUAUAUCAUGAGAAAUAAAUUAAAUGUUGACGUUCUUUAUCCA